CAGUGUGAUGCGCUGGUGCACGCGUGGCCGUGUGCGGACGCUGUGCCUGGGGCUGGCCUGCCUGUCAGUGCUGCUUCACGUCCUGCUGGUGAUGCUCACCCUCUCCGUGUACCAGACUCCGUGUGAGCCUCACUCCCAGCUCCCCGGCGAGACCAUCAGGGCCCUCGCGGAUCCCAACGCUGCUCCGCGUUCGGACAGCCACGGGAAGGCCCCUCUGACCCGAGACAGCCUGGCGUCUCCUCCAGGGAUGUUGGCGGAGACCACAAAAUGGCAGCUCAGACACGGGAAGAGAGCUCAGCUAACGCGCACGCCAAUUUGCAUGCCUGCGAAUCUCACUCAGCUGGAGGUUCUCUUCGCACACCCGCUCUACAACCUCCCGGGACCCCCUCUCCAGGAGGAGGACUGGCUGCUGCGCGUGAAGCCAAAGGUCAAGGAGAACGAGCUGGACAGUCCUCAGUGGUUGAGUGCCAGUGAGGAGGGGUACGCUGCACUUCACCUGAACGGUGACGUCGAGACUCACCCGCCCUGGCUGCGCUUCCACCUGGGCAUCAACCGCUGGCACCUGUACGACCAUAAAGACCCCAACCUGCGCCAGCUGGAGGAGCAGCUCACUUCCCACAAGAUCGUCAGCGCAGUGCAGAAGACCGGAGGCACUCAGCUCAAGUUGGUGAUGUCAUUACCUAAUUACGGGCAGUUGCUCUUCAAGCCCAUGAAGCAAGACCGCAAUGAUGAAACAAAUUACAAUCUGUAUUACUUCUCUGACUUCGAAAGACACAAUGCUGAAAUUGGUGCAUUUCAUCUAGACAGGGUUUUGGGGUUCCGAAGAGUCCCACCUGCGGUUGGAAGGCUAGUAGAUGUGAUUACAGAAAUUAAAGACAUAACCACUGACAGAAAACUGGCAAAAACCUUCUUUAAUUCACCAGUGGGCAACGCGUGUUUCUACGGUCAGUGCUCGUACUACUGCUCCACGGAGCACGCGGUGUGUGGCCGGCCCCGUGCUCUGGAGGCCUCCAUGGCCACCAUGCUGCCGGACCUCUCCCUGGCCCCGCGCCGCUCCUGGAGGAGCCCAUGGAGGCGCUCCUACAGCCGCAGUAAACUGGCACAGUGGGAGACAGAGAAAGACUACUGUGAUACUGUGAAAAAGACGCCGCCAUACAACCAAGGAACACGGCUAGUUGACCUCAUUGACAUGGCUAUCCUGGACUUUCUGAUGAGUAACAUGGACAGACAUCAUUACGAAACAUUCGAGAAGUUUGGCAAUGACACCUUCCUCAUACACUUAGACAAUGGGAGAGCGUUUGGUCGUUUCUCCAAAGAUGAGCCCUCUAUAUUAGCACCCCUGGAGCAGUGUUGCAGGAUCCGCCGCUCCACUCAGGAGAAGCUGCAGCUGCUGGCCCUGCCUCACUACCGCCUCAGUGAUGUCAUGCGAGCGUCGCUCUCGCAGGACCCGUUGACUGCUGUGGCGCCUCUUCUGUCUGAGCCACACCUUGAAGCCCUGGACCGCCGUUUAGCACGAGUCCUCAAAGUUGUUGGACAUUGUCAGGAGCAAUAUGGCAAUAUCAUCUACAAUGAUAUCCCUGAUUAUCCUUGAUUUUAUAAUAAUGGCAUGUCUAUGAGCUUGUGAUUUGUUAAGAAAAUUAAACUUUAUUUAUUCUA